CUAAAAGCUAACCGAACCAAUUCAUUCAUUUGUUUGCUUGUUUAUAUUUUAAAUUAGCAAGCUCAUGAACUUUUUCGUAAAUAAAUUAUUUAUCGUGAGAAGUUCUUCAUAUGCUUGAAGGACAUCUCGGGUGAACGAAAAUUUGGCUCCAAGCGAAUUAUUUCAUUCUCUUUAGAAUCUCUUGAAUUUUCAAACUCGAAACGGGAAAUCGAAAUGGACACGUUAAAAAUCCGUGACAUUAAAAGUCCAGAUUGUGCAGCUAUCACCAAGUUGAUACGAGAAUUGGGAAAUCAUAAGGGCGAAAGUGAUGACAACCUCACUUUAACUCCAAAAGAUUUGGACCGACUAGGUUUCGCUGAUAAGUACGGCCCACCGGUAUUUCUCGGCGUUGUCGCCGAAAUCAAAGAAUCUCCGGACGCCAAAUCCCCCCAAAUCGUUGGGGUAGCACUUUAUCAUGUCAAAUACUCGACCUGGGAAGGAGAGGCCAUGCAUCUCAACACUUUUAUCGUAUCACAGAAGUAUCAGCGACAAGGGAUUGGGUCUAAAAUGUUGUGCAGUUUGGCCAAGACAGCACAGGAAAAGAAGUAUCUUCGCAUUUCCCUCGAAGUAAUUAAAUCUAACGAAUCUGGAUUGAAUUUCUUUACCAAACACGGUGCCAUAAAUCUGACCAAGGAGGAAGGCUGGCUUAACUACGACUUGGACAACGCCGCCGUUAAGAAAUUGCUAGAGGUGGUAAAUGAGGACAAGAGUGUUCGACUACGCCCUGCAGAACCAAAGGACUGUACCAGAAUUAAAGAGAUGAUCCAGGAGCUGGCUGAUUUUGAAAAAAUGGAGGACGGUCCCAAGCUAACUGUGAAAGAUUUGCAGAGGGACGGGUUUUAUAAGCUACACCCGGUCUUUUAUUCCUUUGUCGCCGAAUUGGACGACGAGGAAACUGGAGAAGUGGAAAUAAUUGGGUUCAGUCUGCUAUUCAUAUCAUUCCAUCCAUUCCUUGGGAAACGGGUGCAUCUAGAGGAUAUCUAUGUCACACCGAAAUAUCGGGCAAGACGAGUGGGAGGCAUGUUGUUUCAAGCCAUAGCUCGGUUUGUAGAAAAAGAUGGCUAUAAUGGAUUUUCACUCGAAGUGUUGGACUGGAAUGAGAAAGCUAUUCAAUUUUACGACAAGUUUGGAGGUGUCAAUCGUUCCAUAGGGGAAAAGGGAUUACAAUCGUUACGAUUUAAACAUGGUGUUAUUGCAAAGUUAGGAACAGAAAAUAAAUAAUGGGACUAGUUUUGUAAUGAAAUUGGAGCAACAUAAUAAAGCAAAUCAACCGUACAUGAUAUUUUUUAAUGAA